AUGGCGAUGAAGUAUUUGAUCCUAGCAAUUAUUAUAAUUAUUGCACUGAAUAAUUGCAUUUCAUUGGCACUAGAUGGUGGGGAUCCGCUUCUAUUGGGCGAUUCGCUCGCUGGAAAUCAGACCAUAAUAUCAAAGAACGGCACGUUUGAAUUGGGAUUUUUCAGUCCCAGAGGAACAAAUAAUUGGUAUGUUGGCAUCUGGUACACAAUGUCCCCGGAGGUCGUAGUUUGGGUGGCUAACAGAGAUAAUCCUGUCAAAGGCAUGCCCGCCGUUCUGAGCUUUUCGAGCGAUGGAUAUCUCAGAUUGUUUGAUAUAAAUGGCCGUUCAGUGUGGUCGCCUGAUAUUGGCCUGAAAGGAUCUCGGGCAAUGAUAACUGAAGCUGGUAAUUUCAUCAUGCUGGGUGACGGCCAAAACAAUUCUGAGAUUGUUUGGGAGAGUUUCACACACCCGACAGAUACAUGGUUGCCUGGCAUGAAGCUGUGGAGAGGCAUGAAGAUAACUUCCUGGAAGAGUUCUGUGGAUCCUGCAACUGGGCUCUUCUCUUAUGGACCGGACAUGUCUCCAGGAAAGACACAGACGGUGUUGAUCUAUAACAAGAGUGUUCCAUAUUGGUCCACUGGAGAGUGGACAGGGAGUUAUUUUACCAAAGUUCCCGAGACCAAUCAUUUUCCUAACAUAUACGAACUUUCCUUCGUGAGGGUUUCUCCUUCAAGAUUUUACUAUCAACAUACAGUAAACCCGUCAGGACAUGUCUUGAGAGCGCGGGAGCUGGUAGACGAGAACGGCAAAAUAAAAGUUUACCUCUUGAUGGAUGAUGGUACUUGGAAUCUGUGGUGGUCGACACACCGAGGUCAAUGCAGUGAUUAUGAAAUCUGCGGGGCUUAUGGACUCUGCAAUGCGAAUGAUGUGUGCAGUUGUGUUGAGGGUUUCUCUCCCAAGAAUGACUCUCACGGUUGGCGGUCAAGUGGGUGUGCUCGGCGAAGACCCCUGCAAUGCUCUGUCACAACGGGCACCACCGAUGGCUUCUUGGAAACCAAGAACCGAUACUUGCCUGAAGAAGAAGCUCUCUCAUACAAUAACGAGCCAACAAUGGAAGACUGCAGGACUGCUUGUCUCAACAAUUGCUCGUGUACAGCCUUUGCUUUUGUUAUUUCUGACCUACCAAUCUGUAGACUCUGGUUCGGGGAUUUAUUCAAAAUGUGCGUUUCAUCUGACAACCGAUCCAUCUUCGUUAGGCUAGCAUCUUCUGAAUUGCCGCGCUCGACAUCAGAGAGAAGCAGCAAAGCACCUCUACUUCUUAUUUUACUUCCUUCAGUCGCGGCUUUCUUUGUUGUUUUAGCUGUCCUCUUGGCCGCAUUUAUUCUGUGGAAACGUCGAAGAUUGCAGAACAAAAGCGUAGAAGAGGACGAGGAUGUGCCAAUCAUGCUCAAAAUGUUCACUUACAAAGAGCUGCGAAUCGCAACUAGGAAUUUCAAGCAUAAGCUGGGAAGUGGAGCAUUCGGGUCUGUGUUCAAAGGAACUCUUCCAGACAGCACGCUUGUGGCUGUUAAGAGAUUAGAGGGUUCAGGAAGAAUAGAAAAGCAAUUCCGUGCAGAAAUAAGUACCAUCGGUGAAAUACAGCAUGUGAAUUUGGUAAAGCUCUGUGGAUUCUGCGUGGAAGGCUCUCGAAGGCUACUGGUGUAUGCCUACAUGCCUAAUGGCUCUCUAAAUUCCUCCCUUUUCUAUGAAGAGGAAGGAGCAGAGAGGAUGUUGGAUUGGAAGACCCGGUUUCAGAUCGCACUGGGCACUGCACGAGGAUUGGUUUAUCUCCAUGAGGAAUGCAGGGAUCAGAUCAUUCACUGCGAUAUUAAGCCUGAAAAUAUUCUUCUAGAUGGUGACUUCAACCCCAGGAUAGCUGAUUUUGGGUUGUCAAAGAUGGUGGGCAGAGAUUUCAGCCGUGUAUUGACGACCACAAGAGGAACUCGAGGAUACUUGGCUCCUGAGUGGAUCUCCGGCCUUCCUGUAACUCCCAAGGUGGACGUAUACAGUUUUGGCAUGACGCUGUUGGAGAUUAUAUCGGGUCGUAGAAAUCUGGAUUUAAGGGUAAAAGAGAGCAGGUGGUACUUUCCUACCUGGGCUUCAUCUCAAAUUGAGAUGGGAAACAUAAGAGACAUUGUGGAUGCAAGGAUAGCAAGUGAGGCAAAUAUCGAAGAGGUGAGAAGAGCCGCUGUGGUUGGGGGACUGUGCAUUCAAGACGAAGAGAAUCUGAGGCCAAGCAUGAGUGAAGUAGUGAAAAUAUUGGAAGGGAAGAUGGAGGCUCCAUCGCCACAAAUUCGAAUGUCUCCACAGGUGCUGUUACUUCAGGUAGACAACAGCAAUAGCGAUAGCUCUAGCAGUCUCUCUCAAAUCAUUAACUAUUGUAUAAUUUAA